AAAAAAAAAAAAAACAAAAAAAAGAUCAUGCCUUCCAGUCCUUCCCAGCAGGAUCCCGAGAAGCCUCGUUUACACACAGCUCAAUCGUUUCCCAGAAUGGACAGCUCAAACGCGAAUUCUUUUGCUCGCACGAGAGCCCGGACGGUGCAGUCGAUGGUCAUUUCGGAGACCGUGAACCCUGAAUCGCUUCCAUUGUCACUGGCUGGAGAUAAUGAGGACCAAGAUCCUGGUCCUGAUAUCUUUGAAAGGAGAAAUUCUUCAGACUCGGGCACCGGAGAUAACGGGCAACAAGGUGAUGAGGAGUCUGUGCUCUCGAGCAAUAUACAGGAUCAGCCAGAGGAGCUUCCAAUUGAGCUGGCUAGUUUAACCGAUCGUUUCGUCGAAUCCCUCUCGGCCAAGGUUCACUCGUCUCCCCCCACAAUCGAAAGAGUAGCGGACUUGUUCCAGGAGUUCUAUAGCCGUGCGGAAUUACAUAUAGCUACUCAUAUCUCUGCCCUGGCAUCACGUAUCAAUCGCGAACCCUCACCUCUCCCUCAGAAUCCUCGGGGGAGCGCCCAGCACAAAUCGAAGGAUGCUGAGUCUACCUCCAGUCGUCAGAUGUUAACAGCAUCAGAGGUUGCGGAGAAAAGAAAGGCCCGGAAGUUCCUCUCUUACAAGCGUGUUGCUUUGGAGGAGGCGGUGGAACGGAGAGCGUGUGAGGCUGUUUAUGACAAGAUAUGGAGACAUAGAACUACUUUGGAUGAAGUCCGAGAUGAAAAACUGCGUUCCAAAACUGCAGCUCUGCUUUUGGUUGGAAUUAAUUUGAAGGACCUCGGGAUCGACCUUGACAUUAGCGCCAUUGACGAAGACAAGCAAAAAGAAGCCAAUGACUACAUAUAUGUCGCUUGCGAACGUCUGGCAAAGAUGAAUGAAGAGAAAUUUCCUCUUGGGAAGCUUCAACAUCUCUCGUAUGCACACAAGGCGAUUGUGGAUGCUUUGACAAAAUUACUCCCCUCGUCAUCCUCUGCUGAUGAAAUUUUGCCGACAUUAAUUUAUACAUUGAUCACUUGUCCUCCCGAGGGAAUCAGCGUCAUAAGCAACCUCCUUUUUAUACAACGCUUCCGAUCUUUGAGUAAGAUGGAUGGCGAGACUGCAUACUGCCUGACUAACCUUGAGGCUUCUAUCACCUUUUUGGAAAAUGUCGACCUUUCAGAACUGCGUGCAGACGAAAUACAGAAUGGACAGAGAAGGGCCGAUUCAGUGCCUGCUGAAUAUUCCAGUCAAGAUAAUCCAACAAAAGAAGCCGCAACGUCUUCAAUUUCUCCUGUUCCUGCUUCCCCAGAGCUUUCAAAGCCCAACGAUAAGUGUGCUUCAGAGAUAUUACCCAAGUCUCAGCCACCAGCUUCAGUCCAACAAAGAGCCUUGAAUAAUUUGUUUCAGCCUCCAUCAAGGAUGCUCGGCGCCGCUAAUGACGCCGUUCGCAACACUGCCGAUCAGGGCUUAAAGAAUAUUGGUGCGUCAUUGGAUACCAGUUUCAAUUUUCUUUUUGGACGACUCAAGGAAAUGCAACCCGGGAGGGACGGAAACAGUCCAACAUUGCCAAAAACGUUAGCAGAAGCUCGUCGCCUGGUUGCUUAUCCAAUCUCUGGGGACACUAAGACUCUGACUGAAGAAGAUAAUGCGAGCAAAGAUUCUAUUUCGACGGCUCGUCCGCCCCUGAGACACAUACACUCAAAAGCAGAAGAGACGAUUAUAGGAUUAGUUGGUGGACGCAGAAUUCCACGCGAUCAAAGCGCAGACAGCGCGAGAACCCAAGGAAGCUCCAAAAAGUCACUAGCCGCUGUAGGGUCAACAAGAGAUGAGCCCUCACCAGGCACCUCCCAGUCUUCGAUUAUGUCACCUUCAACGCCCUUGGGCUCCGUGAGAAGCUUCAGCAACACUCUUAACCCACUCAACCACAUCCCAGGCAUGAUUAGGAAUUUUGGCCGCAGUGGUUCCGACCAUCCUAGCGACGGGCAGACGCCACCAGCUUUGCCAGAGAAUAUUAAGAUGCCACUAGCAGCGCAAGCAUCGCACCCUUCUAGUAGCGGCGGUUCUCCUAAAUUCGACCCACCGACCCAACGUUUUCUCGAUAUCCAGAAUGCCAGCGAACUCACGAUUGGUGAUGUCUCGACGCUGCUCGAGGAUUACAAGCGGUUGGCAAACAUACUACUUAAGCAGAACACGAACGCCAAUCAUUAAGAUCAGCAAUUUUUCAUUCUCUCUCUUUUCCACGGUUUUCUCGUAGACUUGAUUAAUUUCAAAUUCUCAUGAGUUCAUAAAUGAUACAUGCAACAGGGUAUUCCUACAAACAUCUAAGAAACAAUAUAAGAAAAACGGACAAUUAGUAGAAUAGAAAAUCCGCCAGA